UUCUGCUGCUCCAUGGAGUCUGGUGUGCGCAUUUACAAUGUGGAGCCUUUGAUGGAGAAGGGCCACUUGGAUCACGAGCAGGUGGGCAGCGUGGCGUCGUGCUCCAUGCUGCAUCGCUCCAACCUGCUGGCCGUGGUCGGGGGCGGAGUCAGCCCCAAGUUCUCUGAGAUAUCCGUGCUGAUCUGGGAUGACGCGUGCGAUUCCCGAGACGCCAAAGACAAGCUGGUCCUGGAGUUCACCUUCACCAAGCCGGUGCUGGCGGUCCGGAUGCGACACGACAAGAUCGUCAUGGUGUUGAAGAACAGGAUCUAUGUGUACAGCUUUCCCGACAAGCCGCUCAAGCUCUUUGAGUUUGAUACGCGCGACAACCCCAAAGGUCUGUGCGACUUGUGUCCGAGUCUGGACAAGCAGCUGCUGGUUUUCCCGGGACACAAAUGCGGAAGUCUGCAGCUGGCGGACCUGUCCAACAGCAAGCCCGGGACGUCGUCGGUGCCGUUCACCAUCAACGCGCACCAGAGCGAGAUCGCCUGCCUGGCGCUCAACCAGCCGGGAAGCGUGGCCGCCUCGGCCUCUCGCAAGGGGACGCUCAUACGCCUCUUUGACACCAGCAGCCGCGACAAACUGGUGGAGCUGCGGCGAGGCACCGACCCCGCCACGCUCUACUGCCUCAACUUCAGUCACGACUCGUCCUUCUUGUGCGCAUCCAGUGACAAAGGGACGGUCCACAUCUUCGCCCUGAAAGACACCAAACUUAACCGCCGCUCCGCGUUGGCGCGCGUGGGCAAGGUGGGCCCCGUCAUCGGCCAGUACGUGGACAGCCAGUGGUCGCUGGCCAGCUUCACCGUGCCCGCCGAGUGCGCCUGCAUCUGCGCCUUCGGGAAGAACACAUCCAAGAACGUCAACUCCGUCAUCGCCAUCUGCGUGGACGGCACCUUCCACAAGUACGUCUUCACGCCCGACGGAAACUGCAACCGAGAAGCCUUUGACGUCUACUUGGACAUUUGCAACGACGACGACUUUUGAUCCAGGACGGAAGGAAACGGGGAAGGACCCAAGGAAGAAACGGCAGGACACUUCAAGUGAAGCCAGGUGUCACCUUUUGCGGUUCGGCAGGAGGAGCUGUCAAAGUCACCUGUGCGCAUGCACGUGUGAGUAGCUCAUCCGAGGACGCGCCGACAGAACAUUCUUCCAAAUCCUCAUUCCAGAAGCGUGCUGAAGUCACAACAAGGAG